UUUUUUAAUUCUUUUUAAUAAGCGAAUAAAAGAUUUCAAUUCGAAGACAUUCUCUGCAGAGGGACUCAAGACCAAAACAUUCUCAGAUCCGAUCCAUCUCUCUGCAAAUCAUCAAAUCAAAUCAACAUGUCUUCAACAUUCAGUGGCGAUGAAACCGCUCCUUUCUUCGGCUUCCUCGGCGCUGCUGCUGCCCUCGUCUUCUCCUGUAUGGGAGCUGCAUAUGGAACAGCGAAAAGUGGAGUAGGUGUGGCGUCGAUGGGAGUGAUGAGGCCAGAAUUGGUGAUGAAGUCUAUUGUGCCGGUGGUCAUGGCUGGAGUGUUGGGUAUUUACGGUUUGAUUAUUGCUGUUAUUAUUAGUACUGGGAUUAACCCUAAGGCUAAAUCUUAUUACCUCUUUGAUGGCUAUGCCCAUCUUUCUUCUGGUCUCGCUUGUGGCCUCGCUGGUCUCUCUGCGGGUAUGGCGAUCGGAAUCGUCGGUGAUGCUGGUGUUAGAGCCAAUGCACAACAGCCCAAGCUUUUCGUAGGGAUGAUUCUCAUUCUCAUUUUCGCUGAAGCUCUGGCCUUGUAUGGUCUCAUUGUUGGCAUCAUUCUCUCUUCCCGAGCUGGUCAGUCAAGAGCUGAUUAGAGUAGAGCGUGUUCUGCUUACUGUUGUUGUGGCCUGUCAUUAAGAAUUAGUUCAUAUUUUCUGUGGUUGGAAGUGGUACUCUACUGAAGUAUUAUCAACUUCAAAAUUUAUCGUCUGUGGGUGUGAGUGAUUAUUCUACCAGUCGGAUUGAAUGACUGUGGAACUGGAAACUGACGGUAGAAUGUAGAAGUAGAAAUUAGUUUCCUCAGUUAAUAAAAUAAUGUUGUCAUUGUUUAAUGUUAAAUGCUUUGCUUUUUGUGGAUUCAGUUGUAAUUUUCAUAGAAAGUUGCCUAUAAUUAUUUUGCUAUA